AUGGCACCUAAAUACACUACAAAGAAGAAUGUUUACCUUACCAAAGGAAAUAGAAAGAAGGCUGAGAAAAAAUAUCAAUGUAAUCUUUGCCAAAUUUUGACAGUGUAUACUUCUUUAGUUGGCUUUAAGAAACAUCUUAAUAAGAUUACAUUACACAAGGAUUCCUCUACAGCUGUAUCUGUUGACUUGGAGAAUAAUGGGAAGAUAGAGAGCGGAUUUACUGAAUUGGAGAUAGUCAUAGAAAAUCACAUGGAUUAUUACGACAGUUGCUCCUCUGAUGAAGAGGAUCAAUAUGAGAAUAAUCCUAGGUUGACUGAAGCCAAGACUUCAGAUGCAGACAAUAAAAUAACGGAUAGUGCUAUUCAUAUGGAAACACAUAUGAGAGUCCUCGAGUCUUUUUCAACAAGCAUGAAUGAUUAUGCUGCUGGAGUUACAGUCAGUAAAUCUUCUCACCAGAGCAUAGAAGAUAUUUUUAUACUUCCUAGCGAUAUCAGUCCUUUCAAGUCAAAGGCAGAAUUCAUUCUACAUGUAUUAUUUCAUGGUGAUGAAGAUCUGGCUUCUGAAAGAUUAAUAAAAAAAAUAAUGUAUGCAAUGGAGAUGCUCUUGGAGGUACAUAAAAGUGCUAGAAAACGAAUAGAAUUUUCAAAGCCAGACGCAGUAAUAAAUUUUCACCUGAGAGCAAAAAACAAUGUCCUGGUUUUUAAGACCUCUACAGCCAAGAGUACAAAUCAAAAAUCCGAGGUACAUAAAUUUUCGAUUAACAUGCCAUCUGAAUAUAUCAAGAAUAUGAUGGCAUGCUCUGGAAAAACGUUGCAACUCUCUGCACUGCCAGACUUUACAGAGAACCAGAGGCUGCACCUCAACCAAGGGGACAAAUGGAUAGAAAGUCCACUUCUUCAACAUCCCAUGCUCACAAUCCAGGGAUCAGAUUAUUGGUUGUGUGAAAACUACACAAAUUUUGCUGUAUCCAUUCCAAAGUACAAAAUUAAUACCAAUGCUACUAUUGUUGAACGAUUUAAGAGAAGACUUUCUGGAUCCAGCUUAAUUAAAGUCAUUAUUUUCCCAAUAAACAUGUAUUCUGAUGAUACCUCUGGGAAUGAUUCAAAGCAAUACAAUGUGUAUUACAGCUUUUUGAUAUACUUUGCUGUGAUGACCCUUGAAGAGCAAAACAAAUGGGAGAACACUUUAUUUGUUUGCACAUGUAACCAUGUUCUCAAUGCUGUUGAUAUGCUGAGACCACUUGUUGACAAUCUCGUUACCUUACAGAAAGGUAUCCAAAUGUAUUCCGAUGAUCUUGGCAAACAUGUCCUGGUAGUGGCUCCUUUGCUUCUCUUUAUGGGUGACAAUCCUUGCCAAUCUCAGCUUGCGAUGCACAAGAAAACAGCCUCAAGACGAUUUUGCAGAAAAUAUUUAAUUCUUUCUCCUUGUCUGGAUUGGAAACAUGUAAAGGGCAUCACCUGUUUUUCUCAUGUUGCUCUCUAUGACUGGCCCCAACGAUCAAAGACUUUUCUUUCCGCUUUUGCUUCAUCUGAUAAACAAUCUAAUAUAUACAAAAGUGAGCAAAGCUUGAGCUAUGUGAAGAAUGGAAGCAAAGAGUUCCUUAGACUCAAAGCUUUUGAUCCAACCAAAGACAUACCAAUUGAGAUUCUCCAUACAAUUCCACUUGGAUUAAUUAAGUAUUUGCCCGUCUUGACAGCCAUUCAGAAGGAUAGUCUGCAACAUGAACUGUCCCCUUAUCGAUCCUAUAAGAGUUACAAUCAGACAUUUUCCAAUCAGCUUCAUCACUCUGGCUCUUUUGUGGGACGUGAUUUCAAGCAAUUGAUACAGAUCUUAUCCAGUGUCAUAAGCAAGCUUUUUGGCAGAGAUAGUAAUCUGACAUUUAUUAUCACAUCUUUCCAUGCAGUUUCCAGAUUGGCAUCUUUGAUUUACAUUUGUGGAGUCCAUAAAGGCUUUGAUAACAAUCUUUUGAAGAUUAGAAGUGCUGUUGACAAAGUUGCAAGAGUGUUUCUAGUGCUGAACACUUUUAUUGUAUCUAAUCCCAAGACUUUCCAACAGCAAGACUUCAGCUUUAAAUCAAAGCUUCAUCUCUUACACCACCUUACCAAAGAUAUGUUUUGCUUUAGCUCCGUCUUACAGUACAAAACAGAAAACAGCGAGCAAUUUAGCAAAUUCAUUUGCGAACAUUUGUUUAAAACAAACUGCCAAGCAACUUCCAGAGAUGUUGCUAAAAAAUUUGUAAAGCAAUUUAUCUGCCGUCACCUUUGCAAUAGAGGCUCUUACAUUGUAGAGAAACAUAUUGGCAAUAAUAUACGGCCUGUGAGAUUGAGUGUUGGUGACUUUGUCAAACAAGCUCCUAUUGACUUCUCAAAAUUCAAUCUUCAUUUCUUUGGCUCCCGUGCAAACAGCAAAAACUCUGACAUAUUGAUUUCUAAUUUGCGUGAUAAAUUGGCAGAUGUCUUUCAGAAAGAUAAUAGAUGGUUUCUUGGUAAGAUUUCUAUCGAAACUCUCAGAGAUGGGAGAGGAAAGCUAGUGAGAAAAAUGUGUAUUAUGCAAGAAUAUCAAAUGAUAUCUAGCUUUAAUGUCAAUACAGUCUACUCAUGUAAUAUAGUAACUGAUAGUUAUGACAAUAUUAAAGUUAUAUAUUACAGAACUAGUUAUGAGUUUGAUAAGAAUGAAGUAAUUGUGGCCCAGGACAUUGACAUGCAUUUAACUCUUAUAUCUAAUAGUAGCCGCAGGCUGCUUAAUGUUGCAAAGUUUGGCAUGUUUUGUUGGAUAUUGGUAAACAUUUCCAAUAUAAACUAA